UGUAUGUGUAUGUCUAUUUGCAGUUAAUGAACUAUAUUAUUAUUUUUAUUAUUAUAAAUAUUCUUUGACGAUUUCAGUCAAUGCAGCAGUUUUUUCUUUUUCAUAGCUGGAACUUGAGAUUUCUCGAGAAUAGCCGGAAAUGCUUGGACUCUUUCAGCGAUAAACAUCAUUUCAGUAGUCACAUCUUCGCUACCUCCUUUUUCACUAUCACUCUCUGUGUCAGACAUUUCGAAUUAUGAACUUUCAAUUAUACUAUACACAAUUGAAUCAAAUGGAUCAAAUCCACCUUGAUUCAUUUGCGAACAGUAUUGAGUAUAAAACGAAUGAAAUACGCUGUCGCAGAACACAUGUAAGCGUUGAUUGCACACUACAAGUCUUAACCUGUCAUAGUCGCUGUACAUUUUCUUCUUCUUCAUUUGUGUUUAUUGAUUUUCUGACUCCUUGCCAAUUCCACCUGAUCUGGUAAGGGAUAUACCUCUUACUUUAUUUAUCCGAAGCAUUUCCUUGCAAGGAAAAGGUAGAGAUUAUGAAAGCAAAACCUUUUACUCCUACCUUUCACUUGAAAGUAAAUGCUACAUUUUUAUAAAUAUUGGCAAUUGAGUGACAAUUCGAUCAAUAAUCAUCACCUUGGUAUUAUCAUGAUACCGAGUGUAUUAUGUAACACACUCUGAUUCAUAUUUUCUGUUCCAGAGCACGCACACCAUGAUGGCGACGGAAUACCCCACUUUCCCCCAUCGGCACCGCUACGCGUGCUCCACCAUGUCCUCGGAGACCCUGAGCGGCAGCUGCGGCAGCAGGAAUAACCGCGUGCGCACCGUCCGACUGGCACGGAGAGGCUCAGGCACGUCGUCCCUGAGCAACGGGCGGCAGAGCAACUCGCUGGGGUUCAGCCUCAGGGGGGGACAUGAGCAUGGCACGGGGUUCUUCGUGUCGCACGUGGAGGUCGGGACGGAGGCUCACGGGCAAGGUUUGAGGGUUGGAGAUCAAAUCAUUCGAAUAAAUGGAUUCACCAUAGAAGAUGCUGUCCAUAAAGAAGUUCUUCAAUUGAUAUCGAGUCAUACCCAUCUCACCCUCAAAGUCAGAAGUGUGGGAAUGAUUCCAGUGAAAGACAAAAAGACGGAUAUUCUGAGCUGGCAGAUAAUUUCUGAUACCAAUUCGUCUUCAAGAUCAUCACCCCAAUUUGUGGAUAAGAACUGCGAUAUCAGAAUCAAUAUCAUGGUAGCACCAAGAUCAAAACUAGGAUGUGGGAUAUGCAAGGGUCCUGAAUGGAAGCCAGGAAUUUUCGUUCAAUUUACUAAGGAGGGUGGCAUAGCUAGAGAAGCGGGAUUGAGGCCUGGAGAUCAAAUAUUGCAAUGCAACAAUGUGGACUUCCUGGAUAUACCAUUCAAUGAGGCUGUAAGUCUCAUGAAGAACUCUCGUCAACUAGACCUCGUCAUUCGGAAAGCCUCAAGUGCCGAAUUGUUUCCGGGAGAAUCCAGUGGAUACAACAGCUCGGCCAGUUCUGUCACCGAAGACCAGAGCCCAUCUUGGUCGGAUUCCAAGCGGCUUUCCAUGGUCAAAGAAGAGAAUCAAAAUUUGGGGUUACGGUUCAAGGAGAGGCUUGCACAAAAAGAUUCAACGAGUACAAAAUGGAGUCUAUCGGAAUGGGACGAAGAACCUAUCGAAAAAAGUGUAUUCAAACCGACGAUAAUAAAUCUUUCCGAAAAUGGAACAACGAUAAGGAUUAAUGGAUACGAGUGCCAAACAAUACGAAACGAAGAUGAUAGUCAAAUAGAAAAUAACGGGAAUAAGGUGAGAACAGUGCUUCCAAAGGUUGACACCAAAACAGUAGUGGAAGUCCACAGGAGUGACGAAGUUGAGCAUAAUAACCCUCCGAAUAGAUUGAUGAAGAGUUCUUCGAAUAGCAGUCUCACAAGCAAGGCCAGCUUCACAAGCGCAGCGAGUAGCAGUUUAUCUUCUGCGAUAUCGAUGGAAAUCCAACGAAGAGUAAAGAUCAAGACCGAGAAACCCGAGGAAGUGCCUAUCGAUGAGCAAAUCCAGAAGAAAAAGUUGCUGAGGAGUAUAAGCACUGAUCAGCAGUUUCAGCACAGCAAACUCAUGAAUGAGUUCAAACAGGCCCACCAAAAAAUGUUUAAAUCUAAUGGUGAAGUGGACUGCCCCAAACAGGAUUUGCCAGCUUUUGGUAAAGAAACAAUGGAGCGUUUGGCCCAUAAAGAACUAUCUCAAAAAUUAUCUGACAAGUUGCUCAACCUGGCUAGUACUCCUUCGAAGGAUGAUAAUACACUCCAAAAGGAUAAUGCUGUACAACCACCACCUCCACCACCCCCUCCUCAAUUGAUGACAGCCGAUUUCCCAAUCCCCACCCCUCCCAAACCCCCUACUAUCCCCACCAAUACCCUCAAAGUCACCAAAACCAAACCCAAAGCCCCCCCGGUUCCUGCCAAAACCUCCACGCUAUCCUUCCGCCAGCCUCCGCCAUGUCCCACUCCCGAUUACGACACUCUAAGCCUGUCCUCAACCUCCUCCACCAUAAAACCUAGUCAAAAACACGAGGAAUCAGUCGAGAUGGACUCCUUGGACUCCUACAAGAUCCAGAACCCCGCGAAUUCGCCCCCGAAGCCACCCUCCACGUAUUUCCAGAGUUCUUCGAUGUCUACGGAGAAGUCCAAGGGGGUCAGUGUGACCAUCGGGGAGUACGGAACAGUAAGGAGUUCUCCCAGACGACUGAACUUCCUGAAGAAGGAGAGUAGCGAUACGAGGAGGUGGGAGAAUUCGCUGGCUAGUGAGCUGACGCAUACGCUAAACAGGUCGAAUUUAAGGAAGAGGACCGAGUCUAUGGAUGACCUUCUGAGCAGUCCCCAAAUAAAGCCUCAGAGUAACGGCACCAUUCGUAUAUCAGUGAACAACUUGUCGAGAGGAUUUGCUAAAUCGACCAAUGAUCUUACCGAAGAUUUCGAAUCCACAUCAUCCAGUCGGACUAUGGUCAAUAUCGAUCAGGGGAAACAGUCUUACGGAUAGGGGAAAAGUGUGAGAGACUCAUUUGAUACCAGUCGUGCAAUGUCAGUUUUUCGGUUUCGGAUGACAUUCAGUAUAUAAUAUUGAAGUUCAAAAUCAUCAGUAACCUUUUUACAUAUUUGAAUAUAAUAUUAUGUUUCACACCUUUAUGUUAUUUAUGAUAUUUCUGUGCC